AUGAGAUUCUACAAGGCACUGUCGUGGGCGCUCUUGUCCAAAGCUGUCCCAUCGGCGUGGGCAUUGCCAAAAGACCGAACCAAUGACCAGGUUGAGGUAGAGAUCGAUGCAGGCACCUUCCAGAACCCCUCUGUCAAUGUCCGUCCGCGGUUCCGUUACUGGGUCCCUGAUGCAGCGGCCGAGCUCGAAUGGGUCAUAGAUGACGUGAAAGAAAUCGGUCGCAUCGGGGCUUCUGGCUUUGAGCUGCUCGGCUUCUACCUGUAUGGCGGACCACCUCUUGGUUGGGGUGAUUAUGCCCCUGUGGAUUGGUCAAUCUACGGCUGGGGAACAAAAGCCUGGCAGAAGCUUUUCAAGACGUUUGCGCAAGCAACAAAAGACAACGGCUUGAUCAUGGACUUCGCCAUGGGUCCCAACCAAGGUCAAGGCGUUCCUGCUCCUUACAACGACGACGGAAAGGCAUGGGACUUGGCCGUCCAAGAAACACGUUUUGGAGCCAAUGUGACAGAGUUUGAUGGAGCCCUCAAAGGAUGGGGAACUGGCCCGCUAGAGGCGGUAGUUCUCGCGGGUUCACGAAAAGGAGGCAACGCGAAGGUCCUAGCCGUCAACACGCUUCAAGACAUCACUGAACUAGUCAGCAAAGAUGGCCACCUCAAGAUUGACCUUCCUGAGCCUGAAGACUACAACUACAUCUUAUUCUCCGUCUACCUCAUCCACUCGCACUUCAUGGCCCAAAGUAGCCCACAGCUGAUGAAAGGCCCGCAAUCGAAGCCUGAAUCAUGGAUCCAGAAUGGUAGCUGGGCGGUGGAUCACUAUAGUGCGAACGGAGCUAAGAUGGCAGCCAGGUUUUGGGAGGAAAAUAUGUUGACGGAUGGCGUGCUCGACCUCGUUCGCGAAGUGGGCAACUAUGCUUGGGAAGACAGCAUGGAGAUUCGACAAAAGGUCCGCUGGACAAAAGGGUUUCUCGGCCGAUACAAGAAGGAUCAUGGGUAUGAGCUCCAGAGGUUUCUUCCCGUUGCGGCUUUGGGCUACAACACAGACCAGUGGGAUGAAGGUGAACGGUAUCGAAUGGAUUACAGGACUUCGGCCGCAAAUUGCUACGGAGAAUUCCUCGCAGAAUGGAACCGAUGGGCAAACGAAAAACUUGACGUUCAGUAUUCGCACCAGGUUUCCUACGGAAUGUGGAUGGAUAUGCAGCAAAACAUCCCCAAGGUCAACGCUCCUGAAACCGAAAGUCUCAUCUAUGACAACAUCGUGGACAAGUACCGCCAGUACGUCGGACCCGCCAACCUCGCUGGCAAGCGCGUCAUCUCCAUCGAGCUCGGCGCCGACAUCUAUAAAGCGUUCCAGCAGACUUUGCCCGAGCUGAUGGAUAUUUUUAUGCGCUCUGUCGCUGGUGGGGUGAAUCAGGCUGUUAUUCAUGGAUCGCCGUACUCGGGAGGAUAUCCGAACACGACUUGGCCUGGUAUGAUGACGUUCGGCUACCAAUUUGCGGAUUGUCACAACAGACAUCAGCCGGCUUGGGAUGAUUACUGGCAGUACAUGGACGCGAUGGGUAGGCUGCAGCAAAUUAUGCAGACAGGUGUGCCGAGACGAGAUGCGUUGUUUUGGAUGAAGCGCUUUUGGUUCCCCGGAAAUGCUAGCUACGUCAAGACUGACCUCGUUGAUGCUGGCUACACAUACGAAUAUCUCAGCCCGGAAAAUUACAAACUCGACACAGCUGUCGUCGAAGACAAGAUAUUUGCUCCAGAAAGACAACAGUUCAAGAUACUAAUCCUGCGAAUCCUCGACUUCAUGACCGUACCAGGUGCCCGCAGGCUUGCCGAGUACGCCAAAGCCGGUCUGCCGAUCAUCUUCGAGGGCGGCGUCCCGACUCGCAUGUGGAAUGCCCAUCAGUGCCACGCCGACAUAGUCAACAAGACCAUGUACGAGAUUGCCGAGCUGGACAAUGUCCACAUUGUGUCGGAAGAAGUUGGUUUGGCGAACACGAUGGCAUCGCUUGGCAUUGAACCGUUGACGAAAGUCUCAGCCAAUACGACGUGGUACACGGUCUGGCGCGAGGACACCAAGAACGAUGUGGACUACGUCUGGGUGUACAAUGAGGCCGAGAGCUUAUCCACUGGCACGAUUGAGUUCUUGUCGACCAAGAUUCCCUACCAGUAUGACAUUUGGACGGGAGAAAGGACGCCUGUCGUUGUUUAUGAGCAGACGGAGACGCGGACGAUUAUCCCUUUCACCUUUCAAGGGAACCAGACGACCAUCAUUGCGUUCCAUCCAGAGCCUCUGGUAGAUGUCCCUCGAGUACAUCUUACCUCUGCGCCUGAUAAUGUGCUUUCGGUGUCUACAUCAAAGGAGGCAAUUAGCGUCAAAGUUGGCUCAAUUGGCGAGAGCCUCCAAAUCAUGGCGUCGGACGACAGCGAGCACAACAUUGACGCUACAGAGGCGGAGCCAUUUGAGUUAGAGGAAUGGGACCUCGUUGUAGAGCACUGGGACCCGCCCGAAGACUUCAACGACGCUCAUAUCACUGCCGUCAAGUCUAACUCAACGCACAAACUCUCUUCCUUAGUGAGCUGGCGCGAAAUCGACGGUUUGGAAGAUGCAAGUGGACGAGGUCAUUAUAGUACCAAAUUCGACUGGCCUCCUACGUCUGGCGAGGUUGACGGCGCAUUCAUCGAUGUCGGUCGGAUCGUUCAGACGUUGACAAUGUUCGUGAACGGAGAGCAGCUUCCGCCGCUGGACCCAUCGCAUGGCCGAGCUGACAUUGGAUCGUACUUGUUGAAAGGUGAGAAUGAGGUCACGAUUGUCAUCGCGACGACCUUGAUUAACAGGCUGCGACCCAUUUGGUAUGACAUGAGGUUCUCAGGCACUGUUCCGACGCCUGAGGACAGAACACCGCCUGCCCAGGACUAUGGAUUGAGAGCACCUGUUGUGAUUACUCCAUACAAGGAGACACUGAUCGAGGUAGCGUAG